ACCACAGGGAAACCAGUCCUGUCCAACCUCUCUGGGAAUUUCUGGGACUGUUAGGUGGAGGACUGAUCAUCUCCAUCAGGAUGUGGUAGAAACCUCUUCUCCGUUGUGUCCUGAGCCGUGGCCCCUGAAAACCCAGGAUUCAGCUUCUUGAAAUGCAACCCACAGCCCUCUAAGGCUGGGGUCAUUCCCCCCUAGGUUUCAUAAAAGGGGGAAACCAAGGCAGAAACGUGGCUUAAUCACAACUGCAGGGAGGAACCUCAGCCAGGGCCCAGAUAAGGUCAGAGAACACAGUUUAAAUCGGGUCACUGUUCAAUAUUUAUUGUGUGGAGUUUUUCUCUUUUCUUUUCUCCUGCACUGAAAUCCUUCCCCAGAGGCUAUUCAAGGAAAUAAAUAGCCAGUGGAAAGGGACAAUAGCUUGCUGUGGAGCACAAAUUAUAUGAAGCAGUAGGAAAUAAUAGCAGAGUGAGCAGCUGCUACGCUGAGAAAGAAUGCAUGGUUGGGCUCUCCCGCUCCCUUUGCCUUGAGUGGAUGCUUAUGCCUGGUUUGCAGCACAGGCUCCCUGGUGCCUUGAGUGCAAAAGAGGACUUGUGCCUUCUCCCCUCUGCAGCGUCCUCCUCUGGUGCUGCUUCUUUGGUGUCUAAUUGGUGCCGAGCUGAAACCUCAGCUUUCUGUGAGGGUGUUAAAGGGAUCUUUCACUGCUUCUUGCAGAGCGUGGUUUGAUGUUUGGAGACCUUCAUCAUAGCACUGUUGUGAGGGAUAGCGUGGACCAUUUUGGUGUGGAUGCCGCAGAAGGCCCCAAGAAACCUCUCACAGCUGGAGCGGUUGGGCUACCUUGGCUAGGAAUUGGGGAAGCCUGUGGUUUUCCUCAGGGCUUCAUACCUGUCUGGCUUAUCUCCUGACCGAGUAAGGAAACUAAAUAAAUACUGCUGCCAGCAGUGAUGCUGCUCAGGAUCUUGGCAGCCUGCUGUGGAGGGUGGCAUUCAAUCUGUGUGGGUGUCCUGUGGUAGAAGUGGCAGCUCUAGGCUAUGGUACAUGAGGUACUGCUACCCGUAGCCACCCCAUGGGUGCUCCUGGUGGCCUUGAAAUCUCCCCCAGAUGAGCAGAAAGGCUGGGAAGGACUUUUAACCCGAAAACCUACCUUAAGGGGCCUCUGCAAAUGGAGCUGCUGCAUUUCAUGGGGUGAAAGCACUCUGCAGAGGACCUGCCCUUCUGGCUAAAAGCUGAUGUGGUUGCACUGGUCUCUUCCCUCCUUAAAAUACGAUUUUUCUGGUUUUUCUCCAUGCAAAAUUGCAGGCCUGCCUACUCUCUGUUGGAAGCUCGCCUUGCCUUUGGGUUGGGCAUGGCCCCCACCUUGCAACAGUGACUGCUUCUUGGAUCUCUGCUGUCCCAAGGCAUGCUCUGAGAGUGCAGCAAAGCUUCCUCCACUGCCAGCAGUGUGAAGAUGGGUGUCCCAUACCAGUACAGGCCAGAUGCCCCCUGGCCAAGAUGAGCAUCUGUAUGGGACCUGGAGAAGUGCUCCCAGACAGGAAAAGUUUGAGAUCUUCAACCUGGGUUUGAAGACUGGGCACAGCCUGAAGAUCAAGGGCAAGAUAUCCGAUGAUACUGAUAACUUCAGCAUCAAUCUUGGCUGCAGGUCCUCAGAUCUGGCACUUCACUUCAAUCCCCGGUUCAAUGAGUCUGUCAUCGUCUGCAACUCCAGGUGCUCCAAUGCCUGGGAGGCAGAGCAUCGCGAUGACCACCUCUGUUUCUCCAGGGGCUCCUCUAUAAAGAUCGUUAUUGAAAUGCUGGAAGACAAAUUCCAAGUGAAACUACCAGAUGGGCAUGAAGUGGAGUUCCCCAACCGGCACUGCUACGACAAGAUCAGCUACAUGAGUGUCAAGGGAGGCUUCAGGGUCACCUCCUUCAAGCUGGACUGAUGGGUGCAGCUUCCUGGCUCUAAUAAAAACCCAAGCAUUGGGAGACUGCUUGCUCCAGU